GCACAAUUCACAGGCAGCAACUGUAGCUACUCUCUAGAACAAGACGACCUUUAAAGCUUACAUCUUUCAGAGAAACGAUGCACUGAUCUUGCGGGAGGGUCCUUAUUUCGGCAACCAUGGAAUACCAGAUAUUGAAAACAUCGCCCUGUCUGCUGGUCCUUCUGCUUUUCAUACCCACGGUUCUGGGCAUCUGUCCUUCUAACUGUACAUGCUCAGGAAACAACAGAAAUGUAGACUGUUCAGGCAGAAACUUCACUACACUGCCACAUGGACUUCAAGACAACAUUACAUACUUAAAUCUGUCCUUUAACCAGUUUGUUGAUCUUGAUCAUAAGCUGACCCGGUUCACCAAUUUGAGGACCCUCGAUAUUUCAAAUAAUUGGCUGAAGAACAUUCCAAAUAAUUUUAUAAAAGUUCUUCAGAAACUGGAUACCGCUUACCAGUGGAAUCUUAAAGUGCUCGAUGUUUCCAGGAACAUGGUGGAAAGAGCAGUUCUGAUCAACAAUACACUGAGCAGCCUCAAGUGUCUCAACCUCAGCCGUAACAAGCUUUGGACAGUUCCAACCAACAUGCCCUACAACAUAGAAAUGGUGGAUCUAUCGAACAACUUCUUGACCCAAAUACUCCCGGGAACGCUGGUGAGGCUGCUACACCUUACAAAACUUUACUUGCACAACAACAAGUUCACGUAUAUUCCUGACAAGGCUUUCGACCGGCUCUCUCAACUGCAAGUUGUAACGCUUUAUAACAACCCAUGGUCCUGCGACGAUCAGCAAAAUAUCCCUUAUUUGCUGAUGUGGGUGAAGGAAACACCUGCUGCCGUGAUAGGGGCUCCAUGCCCUAACCAAACGGUGACCUGGAAGAACGCAACUCCACUUCCAGCUGCACCCACGACUCCAGGUAUGAACCUCAUGGUUAAAGGAAUGAAGGCAGCGGACACAACUGGCUCUUUGCUGGCAACUGAACCAACCAAAGAGAUAAAAAUGCAUAAACAAUUUCGAGCUAAGGAAGUUACACUAAGCGCUACCUUAAGCCAAACUGUAUUAUUUACCAGCACAGAUAGGCCCUUACUUCUUUAUCCAGAAGAAGUGACUGCUGGGAAAGUUAGUUCUCACGAAGCGGCGGCCACGCAUACAAUCUACAUUCAAGAUUCGACGGAUGUGAACUCAAGCUUGGCUAGCUCGACGGGAUCAUCCACUACUCCCAUGACCCUGAGUAUUACCAGCGGGAUGCCAACAAACUACUCUAAAAUGCCUCAACAAAGCACAACCAUUACCUUAAAGAAAGAAGAAACCACAACAAAUAUUUUUAAUACUCGUGUGCCCUCGGCAGCAAGCGUUUGUCAAAUGUAUUCAUUCUAUAUUGUAAUGCUUAAUGCAGUGGCAGUGCUGAUUGGCUAAUGGCUUGCAUUCUUGUGAAACAAAUUUAUUCCUACGAUAAAUAGUUGGAGCAAAACCACCCACCAUCUAACAAUGACUCAAAUACAGGAAAUUCAGUUUUGAAAUCCUUAUUCUGAUCCAAAAAAUAACCACUCAAAACUAAAAAUGCACAAUUUAUGUCUUGAUACUAAGCUGCUACUUAUUUUAAUAUGUCUUAUACCAAGUAAAACUAACCUAUGAAAUGAUUUUGUUUUUAUGAAAUGUGCUUAUUUUAUAUUUCAAUGUUUAAUUUUCCUUGCACAAGAAUAAAACAUCAGAAUUUUAUGUACUG